CUAGACGUCGAGGCUUGGUCGCUUAAAGUUUGUGGGUUGAAGUUUUCACCUUCUGCAACAAAGGAUAUCCGAGACGCAUCACUUUGGGAUUUAGAGUGUUUUACAGUACACAUCCAGGUUUUUUUGGGGGUAACAAAGGUAGCCUGAGGUCAAGACAUGGUGGCCAAAUCUGACAUCGGCGUUCGCUGUUUUCAAGCCUUCCUCGCGUGGGGCAACUUCGUCAUUGCGUGCUGUGGCCUUGCGCUGAUGGCCAUGUGCAUCUUCUUCAUCUUUGAUCGGGACCACCUGUACGUCCUGGUGUACGCUACGGGCAAUGACAGCAUCUGGAGAGCGGCCUGGAUCGGCCUGUUCACGGGCUUCGCUCUCUUCUGCACGGCUGUGUUUGGGAUGUACGCCGUCUUGAAGUCCAAAAGGGGGCUCCUGCUUGUGUAUAUUCUACUGAUGAUUUUCAUCUUUGCUUUUGAAGUGGCAUCUGCCAUCACAGCAGCGACACACAAAGACUGGUUUGUUCCGAAUCUCUUCCUUAAACAAAUGUUGGAGAACUACAACAAGCCACUGCCCCAAAAUCUGCCAAGCACUCAGGACGAAAUCUACAAGAACAGUGGCAUUACCAGCACGUGGAACAUGAUCAUGACUGAGUACCAAUGCUGUGGUGUAUAUGGACCUCAGGACUGGCUGCAGUACAACUCCCAGUUCAGACAGCAGAACUCGGACUCCGAGUACCCCUGGCCCAGACAGUGCUGUCUGCAGGAUGGAACUGGAGGCAUUGUGAACGUGAAUGCCUGCAAGAUUGGGGUGGAGCCCUACCUCUUCACUCAGGGCUGCUAUGAUUACAUUGCUGGCCCUUUGAUUCGACAAGGAUUGGGUGUCUCCUGGUUUGGUUUUGCCAUCUUGUGUUGGACGUUUUUUGUGGUGAUAGGAGUAAUGUUUUACUACACUCAGUUGGACUCCUAAAGAAGAAGGUCACUGGGAAGUAUUUCAAAUGGACUCUAUAACUCCCCUUUUCCUCAUGUUGGUGCCCGAGGACCCAGGACCAAAGUGAGCCGAGCCUUUGACGUGUUGGGCUUCUUCAGAUUUUCCAGCACAUUUGUGCCUCUUUUUGAUUUUUCUUCAUCUUCUAUGAGAAAUAUAACCACAUAAAUUAAAUUAUGAUCUACUGAAGAUUACCUGUGAAGCACUUCUCCCCAGCACAGCAUUGUUGAAUAACAAUAAUUCUUUCUGUAUUCUCUCUCUAAAUCAUUGCUCUUAGUUGUUUUAGGUUUUAAAAGACCAGGAAAUCUUCCUCUUAUCACAGUGGCCAUCCUGGCUUGAUCUGUUUGCCAUAAGGAGUGGGACGCUGAACAUGUCACGAACCUGAGCUUAUUUCUAAUCCCUUAAAGGGUUUAUAAAAAUCACUUCGCUCUAAACCUGUGGCAUCUGUAAAAGCAUGGUCCUGAAAUUGCUCAUAUUUGUAUAUUUAAAACGUAAAGUUCUGAAUACUGCCCUGAAUAGUGCAAUUAAGUGGCACUGGCUCCCUUAAUAAGCUGAUCGCAUGGGUCCCCAUUAUUGUUGACUUCGAAGUACAGGUUGUAUUCAUGUCUGCGUUGCACUCCCCCAUCUCUGAAGAGCAUGCAACAAGUUACCCAGGUCAGAGCGUUUCGUUUACACAUGUGAAUGUUCUGUCAUUUUCAAAAGGGAUCUAUGGACAGUAUCUGCAAGUUCAGUUAGUGUUUAUUAAUGGUCUGUGUUGGGCAACAGUUAUAUAGAUGAUUGGAUUAAAUAUAGCACUGCUUCUUUGAAAGCUUCAAAAGGGAUAAAUAUGGUCCUGCAACAUUUGUAUUUGAAGUGGUCAGUUAUCAAACCGUUAUAGGAUAUACAUAACCGUGGCUGAAAAUGCAGUUAAUAAAAGUUUAAAUGUUUAUUUUGAAGUUGGCAAGGUCAGAAGUUUUAUUUUUGCAAAUGUUCAUCUUGGAACUGUUUGCAGUUAUCUGUUAAAUUGACAAAAGGAUGAGGAUAACUCUUUAAAUUACAUAAGUUGUUAACAGCCUAUUAAUAUAGUAACUACUGCAUUUAAGUGCUCAAUAAAUUGAUUGAUUGAAGUGAAUGAUGUGGCAACUUGAAAACUGGAUUUAUUUUUUUAGCUCUAUUAUCAACUGUAUGUUCAUUGUGCAUAUAGCAAAAGCAUGUUAAAUUGACCUUUUUAAGAUGACAAAUAAUUUCUAAUCCACUACACAGACAAUGUUGUGGUUCUUUUCUGUAAGUUUAUUUUUCCAAGCACCCCUGGAUCCAGUAUGUUGUCUUUAUUUCUUAAUAAAAUGUAUGCAAACAC